AUGGCUGGAUACCUACCGUGGGCCACGAUUCGCGAUCAUUGGAAAGUCACUAGUGGAAUCCUUGUCUCGCCGAUUGGCGAGACUCUCAACGAGGGUAGAGAGGUGUGUGACCGCCAAGGUCGAUGCUCUACUCACGUACGUGAGGUCACCGCCGAAUUGACUUCAUGUUCUGGUUCCACUCCCCUUCUAUUCCAUUGGAUGUUGGAACAGACGGAUGACCUCAAGCGGUUGAUACUUAUUAUAACGUAUCGUCAUAAGACUAAGUACUGCAGCAGCGCAUAUCUGAGGGAGAAUAAUACCAACCCAUAUCAACUGAAAUUUGCCUGUCUUGACACCCUGGAGUAUAUCAUCUUCGUCCUACAUUUUCCAGAGUGCUAA